UAAUUUUGAACAGGACUCCGCUCGGCAGCUCGCUUCAGUGUCAGACUUCGAUCCGCAGCUUCUCUCGGGUUAUGGACGUUUCCACUGGUUUUCUCCUCGGAUGAACUGGGAGCUGUGUCUCUGCCUCAUGUGAUAGAAGAUGAAUUCUCACGUGAUCACUCCCGGACCGUACCGAGCCACCAAACUGUGGAAUGAAGUCACUCGUCUGUUUCGGUCUGGCAUGCCCCUCAAGAAACAUCGCCAGAACUUUCGGCACCAUGCCUCCUGCUUCACCGCCUCAGCUGCCGUGGAUUGGCUGCACCAGCUGCUCCGUAGCAACAGCAAUUUUGGCCCAGACGUCACCAGGCAACAGACGGUGCAGCUCCUGAAGAAGUUUCUGAAGAACCACGUGAUCGAAGAUGUGAAGGGUCGCUGGGGCACCGAGGAUCUGGAGGACAGCAACUCGCUGUACAGAUUCCCCUCCACCUCUCCUCAAAAACCGAUUCCCCGCCUGGCUCCAGCCUCCAGCUCCAUAAGGAAAAGACCUUCACUCAGGGACAAGGACGGUUUCUUCAGGUUCAGGAGUUUAAAGAAGCUCGAGAAGGAGACACAAGAAAAUGUGGAUCCCGCUCUCCAGACAGGGGAAGAGAAUCAUCCAGCAGGAGAGCAGCAGAUGCAGAGACGAGAGCUGACAGUGGAGGACGAACAGGACAUCUGGAGAGACAUCACCCUAACUCACCUGCAGAGGAUUAUGGGCCUUGCGUCUCUUGAGGAGGUUUUAAACCAGCGUUCUGUAAACCCCCACAACAUCAUCCACAAUAUGACCAAAGUCAACAAGCACGGAGUCGUCACACUGGACGACAAGACCAAUGACCUUCCACACUGGGUCUUGUCUGCCAUGAAGAGCUUGGCCAACUGGCCCAAGUACGACAGCGCACAGCCGUCCUAUCCCGGCUUCGAGAGGGACGUCUUCAAAACAGUGUCCGAUUACUUCUACAGCCUCCCACAGCCGCUACUCACAUACGAACUGUACGAACUGUUUAUCAACGUCCUGGUGUUUUGUGGGUACGUCGCAGCACCCCCUACGUACCAACGCGGGAAACGCAAGAAGUCUGACCUUCCUUCAGUACCGCCUCCGGCCAAGGCAUCGUUUCGCUCCACCGAGUGUCUCCUCCUGUCACUUCUCCGACAGGGCACGUGUGACGAGGGCGAGUCGCCCAUGACAGACGUGCUUGGCGGGACGCUUCAGUCACGGAUGGCGGCGCUAAAGGGCGGCGGCGCGGGCGACACUCAGUUUGGUGGCAGCUGCACGAGCCUGAGUACAUUUGUUUCCACGAGACCUCAAACCAGGAGCUGCUCGCUGGAAACCAUCCUCAGUGACUCUGCCCCUCUCACCCGGCAACAGCUGUUCCUGUCCAAUGAAAGCCUGGCGUCCUGCACCCUCAGCAGGAGCCACAGUGACAGUUCUGCCAUCACAACACCCCAGAGUGACUUUACACCCGUAACCAAAGCAACCCCUGUUACACGUGAACCUGCUGCAGGAGUUAGAGCAAGGAAUAGACUAUCAGUCGCACAGAGGUUGCAUCCCCUGCGGCCACGCAGCGUAGGCAGCUGUCUAGAUAUUGUCAUAGAAACCAGGGAGGAGGAGGACAAAGAGACCAAGUGGCAGAGCCGAGCCGCCAGCUGCUUCAAUGUAAAUGCUCCUACAGACCCGCAGCACUUCUCUGCAGCUUCACGCCCUUCCUCAUCCUCCUAUCAUCCCUCCUAUCAUCCUUCCUCCUCUUCCUUUCAUCCUUUCUCCUCCCUCUCUUCAACUGCUGUGGCCAGAGCACAAGAGGCUCAUGCUACUGCAGGACCCGGCAGGCCCAGACCCGCCUCCAGUACUUCUAAUCUCUGGAUGCCUCCUGCCCCUGCUGUUGUCCGGCGCUGCCUCAGCUCUCUGGACGUGUCCAAGCCGCCUCGACCUGUUGCACUGUUCAAACGUCCUGUCUGUGUGCCCGCCAGCAGCUCCCACCCCCCGCAACCCAAACCCGAGCACAGCCUUCUCCAGUCUCACUGUGAGCGCGUGGCCAUCGAGGCCCUGCAGCUCUGCACCCUCCUCCUCCCCCCCACCUCCCGCAGGAAGUUGCAGCUCCUCAUGAGGAUGAUGUCGCGCAUCAGCCAGAACGUGGACAUGCCACAGCUCCACCCCGCCAUCGGCACCCGGACACUGAUGGUUCACACGUUUUCCGGCUGUGUGCUGGGCAGCGCUGAGGAGUGUGAUUUGGACGAGCUGUUGGCCACCAGACUGGUUUCGUUUCUACUGGACCAUCAACAGAGCAUCCUGUCAGUCCCCGACUACCUGCUCAGUGCCAUCAGUGACCACGUACAGUACCUCCGCACAGCACAGGUCCCCAUCGACACUGGCUUUAAUGUUGACAGCAGCGAUGUGGUCAGCAUUGCGGUGCCUGUGUUCGCGUUCUGCCGUCAGAUUAGCGGAGCUGAGUUCGAGCAGCAGAAGCAGGCGUCUUCCCGGAAGGCCAUGGAGGAUUUACUGGAGAUCCUGCUGACGGACCAAAACAUCAGUGAGAAGGACAGACGCAAGAAACUGAAGCAGUUCCAGAAGCAGUACCCAGACAUCUACAGUCACCGGUGCCCCGCCUCCGACCGCGAGAACAAGACUGACAACAAGCCAAAGAUUAAACCCGCCCUGCUCAACAUCAAGAAAACCAAAGCUUUCAGCAUCAGGAACUAAACUUUACCGAGAGUCAACAGCGUAGAAAGCUACAGUCAACACGACGUUCGUGCUGCACGAGAACUGAACUGAUGCUGCUGAGAGACGAUGGAAAACUCUCCCUCUCCUCUGAGCAGCUGUUAACUGUUUGUCGUUACAUUGGAACUCCGUUAGUGUUGUUGUGUGUGUGUGUGUGUGUGUGUGUGUGUGUGUGUGUGUGUGUGUGUGUGUGUGUGUGUGUGUGUGUGUGUGUGUGUGUGUGUGUGUGUGUGUGUGUGUGUGUGUGUGUGUGUGUGUGUGUGUGUGUGUGUGUGUUCAGUGUACAUUUUGGGAAAAAUAUGCAAGUCUGGGAUCACUGGUACACGUGGGAAAAACUAGAUUAUAGAUUAAUUUAUAUGAUGAUGUCAUUAACAGUGCUAACGUAUGAAGUGUAUUUUUGUCAUAUUUACUGUUUUAUUUUUUAUAGACGUAACAAAACACAGAUUCUCAAGUUUUAUCUGAAAUGCUCGUUAGACUCUUAACAUCGUUUUUCUCUCAGAUUUAGUUUUGUCGUUCUUAUCUUUUGCUUCUUAAGGUUUAGUUUUUCUUCUCUUACUUUAGUGUCCUUACAGAACAAUUUUAAAGUCGUACCACAGAAGGGAUUUCUUUUGAGUUUCAAAUUCUCCUAUUUUUGAUUAUUUUUACAUCUGAUCCCCCUCGCUCAUUUUUUCUUGAAUUUCCGUGUUUUGUCUCGGGUACGUCCCUAUUGGACAGAGCGAUGUUUUGCACUGGGUUUGUGCUGUGAAAGGACCAGUGAGCUAAUGUCAAUCAUCAGAACGGUUAAUUUAUACCUAUUUAAUGCCUGAUAGACUCCCUAAAGAAGGCCUUUAGCUGUAUGUGGUGCUUAUAAUGAGCGGAGCUGAUGUCGAUUGGGUUUUAAUUUGAAGCGUCACACAGAGCACACAUUAUGUCAAGUGUCUGAGGAAAAGACUUAAAAGGUUUUGUUUUUAUUUCUCUUAUUCUAUAUGAAGUAUUUGUUCCACCCUGGUACGUGUCUUUCUUUACCUCAGAUGUAACCAUGUAUACACUCGUCAGUGUUUUUGGUGAAGACCAUUUACAGAGGAAUCGUAUGUUUUACUCUUCCUCAUUGUUUACUAUGCAAAGUCCUGGGAAAUAAACCUUCUGUUUCUAUUUA